AUGUCCGAGAGCAACGUGAAGUCAAAGAUUGAGAACACCAAGGCCAACCUGCCUCUGCCAGAACAGCCUCCAACCGCUAGUGAUUGGAACUCUGCCGAUCAGCGCGCUGUCAACGUCGGCUCCGGAGGCAUCGAGGGCCCGAUCUCUGGCGACCAGGACAGUGCCCUAAGAGGCCCUGCCACAGCAUCAAGCAGUGCCCGCGAAGAUGGAUCAGAGACGCACCGACUAACAGAGCCAACAGAGCAUGUUGGGCGAGGGGACUUCCCCAAGGAUGCUCGUGCCCGGUAA